AUGGAGGACUUCAGAUCUAAGUCAUAUAACAAUUCGAGAACACAAGCUGAAAGCUAUAGCUAUACUACUACUGAUGUAGGCUACGGUAACGGUAACGGUUACGGGGAACCCAAUCCAAACCCAACUGGGUUUCGAGGAGAUCUACGAUGUUACAGUGCUUCCUAUGCAUCUUCUUCAAAUAAUAACAACAAUAAUACCCAGAUGGAGUUGUCGGCGGCUAAAGAUGUAAAAUUCAAGAAAGGCGGCAAGUCAAGUAAUGGUUCUGUUUCUAAGAGCUGGAGUUUUAGUGACGCAGAGUUGCAGAGGAAAAAGAGGGUGGCUAGUUAUAAGGUAUACACAGUUGAAGGAAAAGUGAAGGGAUCAAUAAAGAAGAGUUUUCGUUGGAUUAAAGAGCGGUGUACCAAAGUUGUCUAUGGCUGGAGGAAUUUCUUUGUUUCAAAUACAGCUCUUUGUGGAGUGCUUCGACUUGAAGUUGCCUUUUAG